AUGGCCAACUCUCUCAUUGAUUCCAUCUUUGGAGGAGUCAAACGAGCCUUCGACGCGUUCUCAGGCAACGAGUCGAACACCAGGGACGAUGCACAGACGAGUGAAGAAACGAACGUAGAAGCGACACUCGAACCAUCACCGACGAGCCCACAAUCCCAGUUCCGAAGAAAACGCAUACGCACCCAAGCCACUUCAGAAGCAAGACAAGUCGCAUCGUUGAGAUAUUCGGAGCAAGAGCCGCGAAGCAGAAUAUUUUCGGAAAGACAGUCCAGCCCUAGACAAUCACACGCGCAACCGAGUGCCCGAGAAGAGCAAGGCGCAUCGUCAAGAGGAAGUUUUACCACUCAGCAGCGACGCACAAAUCACCGCACACAAAUCAGCGUCGACGAGAGGAGGCUGCUUCCUGGAGUAUACCCCGAGACCGAAACAUCUACUCUCGUUCGCGUACCGCUGGACGAGUGGAACACAAUGAGCACUGUCAAAAGGAAGCCAGGAAAAGGCAUGGGAUUCACGCCGCAGAACACCUUGCGCAAUUCAGGCACGGGUCCAGCCCCUCUGACAACCACAACUACUCGCGGAGUGAACGUGGACGAACGUCAGACAAAGCGCCGGAAAAUAGAAGAUGGCCGUUCACAACAUGGCACCGACAAUAUGCACGAUAACGACUUCCUCACUCGUGGUACUCAAGUCCAACCUUCGGCUACGCUAGGAAGACAAUCAAGUGUCAUCAGUGUUGCCAGUCAGAGCCAGGAAACUCCGAGCCAGAGAAGCACUGCUUUCGGACAUGACGAGAGCCGUAAUGUUGAUAGGACCCUUAACAACAAGAAGAAAAGUCGCAAACGAAAGCCCAGCGCAGCACAUCUGCCUUCGUCCCCUUUCACUGGCACACAGACCGAUCCCGUUUCUCUCGACGAGGACGACGAAGUCCAGUUCAUCGGGGACCAAAGUACUCCGGACCGUCCAGCUCGAUCAUCGGCCGUUGGAACCACGACGUCUCGUUUGAAGAAUGCUCAAAUCCCAGGACGAACUACCGAGGUUGACAGCAGUUGGCAAAGGCAUUAUCGGGCAGAGAAAGACAGGAUAGAUGCACCUCGCUCACCAAACUUGAAUGACAAAUUCAAAAGAGACAGAGGAGAACCAGAAGAAUCCCCAGCACCAAAGAAAGCGCCCCUGUCAAUCAAAGACAAGAUGCAAGCGACAUCUAAUCCUCCGCGGAACCAUAACCUUCAACAAGGCCUCAACGACUCGAGUGAAGAUGAAUUAGCGCUUGGAUCUUCAUUGCGACAACCAGCCCGAAAGCCCAGGCGCAACCCAACUCAACGCUCGCCGUCUCCAGGUCGCAUCGUUUCUACGCAUUUCACCAGAGGCCGAAGAGAGACUGGAUUCAAUGAGCCAGUAAUCCUUCCUGUGAGCUCGCUUCGUCUGAAGGCUGGCAACUGGGAGAACCUGACCAUGGGCCUUAUCUACUAUCCUCAGGAAAAGGAGAUUCACUUCAAUCACAAUGGGGAAGAACUCUACUCUCUUGAUCCCAACAGUACAAUGAUUGUGAUCAAAAGCAUACACGCUCAAAGCUUCUACCAUGGCGACAACAAUUCCACCGAGACCAUCUUGCUUGGAGCAAAAGACGAAAUCUCUAAGGGUCGCAUCUGGCUUGAUUUCCCCACACCAAGGCACCUUGAGAGCUUCAUAGAAGUUCUAAAGGUGAUGAACCCUACGAUCAAGGACAGAGAGAUGAACGAGAAUCAGUUUCAGCACGCAUUGAGCAGUGCCGAAACUUUCUUCAAGCUGAAGACCAUGGAGGUUGAUCCUGAGAUUCAAGCUAUGCGUAUUCGUCAAGAAUCUCUCUCCAGAGAGCAUACACAUCGAGAGCGGACCCUGGCGGCACAGAGUGGUAAUCCUCUUCCUGAGCCCACCAGUCACACUCCGAUACCGCGGUUGACCCGUGCUAUGAUAGCCGACUUUGUCAAUACAAAGACUGCAGACAGCGGACAAGACCAUUCUCUACCGCCACCAACAUCUCGUGCGGAACAAGCCACACCUGUCAGAAGCAGUCGCAGACUACAAAGCAGAGAUGAUGGCAAAGCUACGAGACCGGUGGAGCCAGAACUCGAGAGAUGGACCAAGACUCAUGGGAUCCCCAAAUGGGAUGCCCCAUUGACUUAUCCUGCAGUCGGAAAGAACAGAACCACGAUCGAUGCUUCGGAUAUCGAAGGACUAGAUGAAGGUGGUCUCCUCAACGACAACAUCAUCUCAUUCUGCCUGAGAGAGAUGCAGGAAAAUCACCCAGAGCUGCAAAAUCAAGCCCACAUUUUCAACAGUUUCUUCUAUUCCACGCUGACUACGACAAGCUCCGGAAGAAAAGGCUUCAACUACGAUGCCGUCAGCCGAUGGACUAGGACUGUUGAUCUGUUCAGUCAUCCAUUUGUCGCCGUUCCAAUCAACGCCAACUUGCACUGGUUCGUGGUCAUCAUCUGCAACCUCGACAAGCUAGCACGGAAGUUGGACUUGGAUGGCCUUGGUGAUGAUGAAGAACAAGAUGAAGAAGAAGCGGAAGAAGAAGUCAAGCCUACCUCACAGCCAGACGAACAGGAGCCACCACAAUCUCAGACCACGGUGCAAAACGACACUGAGAUACCCGAAUCGCCUCAAGAAGCCAAGGACGGUGACCUAUCCCAACGAGUCAAGCGUAUCUCCCUGGAUGCUUCUCAAGAAGAAGAUGAUGAGUUGCCUCCUCUUACUAAGUUGAAGCCCGUUUCGCGCAAAGGAAAAAGACAGGCACCGCCUCUCCCUAAGAUGGACCCUAACACACCUGCACUUAUCCUCCUCGACUCACUUAGUGGCUCACAUCCUACAGAAAUCAAGAAUCUCAAGCAAUAUGUCGUUCAUGAAGGUCGCGAGAAGCGAAGUCUCGAUUUCGACCAUAGCGAGCUCAGAGGGAUGGCAGCUCGCGGUCUACCUCAGCAGACAAACUUUUGCGACUGCGGCGUGUAUCUGAUUGGCUACAUGGAGGCUUUCCACCGUGACCCUGCCGAGUUCGUCCGCAAGAUCAUGUCUCGCGAACUUGACCACGACAACGACUUUGCAGACUUUGAUCCAUCUAAGAAGCGAGCGGAGAUCCGCGAGAAGCUGAUCAAACUUGAAAUAGAGCAGAGUACUGCAAAGAAGCAGAGGAAGAAGGAAAAGGCACGUCUCUUGAGGUUGAGUAGCCAAGAGAACGGAUCCCAGAGUCCAGCUCUCGCGCCUACUCGAAUGAGCUCGCCUUUGAAACCACCAGCGGAACACACAGACUCUAGGAUGGUCCAGAGCUCGCCCAUGAAGCCACCACCGCUGGAAAUGCAAAAUUCAAGCCCACCUGCAGCAUCAUCGCCAUCAUGCAACUCACCUCCGACGGUCGAUCGCGAGCCUGAGGAUGAUAUGCUGUUUGGGAGUGGCAACAUGGUUGAUUUCAAAAGUGAAUUGGAGGUAGCUGCCAGACAGGCUGCAUGGAUAACUCACAGGGAGGCAUAA